CCCUCUGGCUCCAGCCUCACUGGUGGGAGCGGUGGGGGGACGAGGUGCCAGUUCGUUUGGUCCACAGUUGUCGGCUUGGAGCGGAACUGCGGGCGGUGUGGCGACAGGCUCAGCGGGGGCGUGGCUGCCAGGUUCCCUCGACCCCCUGUCUCCUCCAGUCGCCACGAUGAGAUACGAGCCAGACUUCAAAAAGCCCCCCUCUCACCUCCUGAAGAAAUUUGCAGUGUGUGACAUUCCUCUCUACGACAUAUGUGACUACAACAUCACCAGAGACCGGUGCAAGGAACUGGGGUGCUGCUUCUACAAGGACGUGUGCUACGAGAAGGCGGUUCCCAUCUACGUGCAGGUGUUUUCCGCCCUGAUCGUGAUCAUCUCCGGGGCCUUCGUCAUCACUAUCAUUUACAGAGUCGUUCAGGAGAGGAGGAGAGAAAAGGAAGUCCCCACGGAACUUCCAUCACCCAAAUCCGGUGAUAACGAGAAACGGGCGCCCUCCGGCAAGAAGCUGCAGUCCAAGGCCAAGGGCGCGGAGCCGCCAAGCAGGAGUGAGGACAGCGAGGAGGAGGAGGAGGAGGAGGAGAGUGCAACGCUGACAGUAAUGGUAGACGAACUAACUGAGGACUGAGGUGAGCGGUGCAGGCAGAGCAGAGAUGGGCAGAACCCCCACCAGGAGAUGCCCCGGCUGCGAACAGCUGUUAAGUGUGGAAACAGCAUCAGUGAGGAAAAGAUAAAGGUAUUUUAAAUGCUUC